ACGAUACAGCACUAGCCUCGAGUACCUUACUGCUUUUAUAAAACGGUUACCACACAAUACAAAUAUUAAAGCCAAAAAUAUGUAUCAAUGAAACUUUCAUGAAGUAAACUUUCACUAAAAGCCUUCCGCCGGAAAGAAUAGUCCCUGACUGUGAACAGCAACAGAAAUUACAUUAUUAUGCCAUUAGAUGGCGGCAAAGACUGUCUUUAUGAGUGUGUCAGUCAGUAGCGAAGACUUUUACAUUGAAAAGAAUGAAUUGUUGUGAACACGGAACAAGACACAACUGACAAAUGCUUUGACUAGCACUGUCAGUCACGGGAAAACCCCUUAAAUGUUAAAUGGACAAAACAGAUAAUGCAUCAGACAUUUAAACAGAUUUUUUAUUAUGAACAUAGGACUGACCUGAAGGAAAAUGCUAAAUCUGAAUGCAGGUAAUAAACUCGCUCAAUCGAACUCUUUCUCACAAUACUCUUCUACAUAAUACAGUAAGCUUCAAUGAACAAUACAUAGGAACAAUAUCAAUUGAGAACAUACAGUUAAUGUUGCUAAGAGUGGUUGCUAAGGGUGUUGUGUAGUGAUACACAGAACGGUUAAGUGAAGCAGCCAUAGCCAUGUUUUAUCGUGAAUAAAACACAGCUAUUGACCAAUCAGAAUUAAGGACAGGAACUAACCGUUUUAUAAAGAUACAUAUAUAUUAAAAAAAAAUGAAUUAACCUAAAUUGUUUUUAAUGUUAUUUAAAUUAAAUAAUAUUUACAUUAAAUUAAACUAUUUUUUUUAAAUAAUUUAUAUGGAAUAAAAAACAAUAUAAAAUUAAAUGUUAUUACAUUAUAUUUAAAUAAUUCAGUGAAUUGUUUGUUACUAUUAUUUGAAAUGUAUUUGUAAAAUGUAUGUAAAAUGGGUGGUAGCGUAUUCUUGUUGCCAUUUUAAUAGAUAUUGAUAACUAAUGAAAAACAGAUUUGUCUUUGAAAAACCAUCUUUAAACAAAGGGUAAAAAAAGUCUUCCACUGUAGAUUUAAGUUUUAUGUUUUUUUGUUUUUUUUUCCCCAAACCAAGUUGUUUGAAACCAUCCAGCUGUCCCCUCAUUCCUCUUGAGAGGCAGUUUUUUUUUUUUUUUUUUUUUUUUUUUUUUGAUAGUACAGAUGCUUAACAGGAGAUAAAUGAAGAUGAGGGCAGCCUCUGUAGUUGAGGGCAUGUUCAUGAAACUGAGAAGUGUCCUUCGCACUAAGAACACAAUGCGAUUUUUGGCUAAAGUGAGAGAACUGGAGGAAAAAUGCCGGACACAGAGUGAGCAGUUUAACCUGCUGUCAAAAGAGUUGGAGAAGUUCAGGUUGCAGGCUGGGAAGUUAGACAUUCUGAGCAGCAGUCAGCUCACUGGGAGCGACUCGCCCGGUUCACCCACCAAACCCCUCACCCUCUCCCAGCUCCUCAACGGCCUCACUGCCCCCUCCGGGAAAGGUAAUGAGGAUUCGAUGAGUAAGAUCUCAGAGCUCAUUCGGCCUCUGCAGAUGACUGAAGGGGAGAAGGUAGAGCUCCUGUCUGUCAAACCCACCUUCCUGUCACGCAGCACACCCUCCAGCCCACGGCGGGCCUUCCUCUCAGAGGUGCGGCCUGUCAUCGCCACUGCUAUGGACAAAGAGAUCGGCUCGUCCCCCAGGUCUAAGUCCAGAUACACAGGCAAAGUGCGACUGUGUGUUGCCCGCUACAAUUAUAACCCUUACGAUGGCCCCAAUGAGCAUCCUGAAGCAGAGCUCCCCCUGGUGGCUGGGAAGUACCUAUAUGUUUAUGGGACCAUGGAUGAGGACGGCUUCUAUGAGGGGGAGUUGUUGGAUGGACAACAGGGUCUCGUUCCCUCCAACUUUGUGGACUUUGUCCAGGAUGAGGAGCUUCCCUCGAUUCCUCUCUUGGACCGCAUCAAGGAACCGUCCUACCUCAACCACAGCCCCACCUCCAUGCCGAGCAGCGCCGUGAGCACCCUCAGCACGCUGCUCUCAGAGAGGCUGGAUGCCCUGGGCUCGGGUACCGGGACGGGCACCAGCAGCAGCAGUGGGGUGAGCAGCUUGGGCAUGAGCAUGGGGUUGGGCAUGGACUUUCUGGGACCCUGCAGCAACGGCACAGGCACGCUGGACGUGAACAUCGAUGAGAUCGGAGAAGACAUCGUGCCUUACCCCCGCCGCAUUACCUUGAUCAAGCAGCUGGCCAAGAGUGUCAUCAUAAGCUGGGACCCUCCGGUGGUUUUACCUGGGUGGACGCCCAUCAGCGGCUACAAUGUGCUGGUGGAUCAGGAGGUGCGCAUGAGCGUGCCCUUCGGCGGUCGCACCAAGUCUUUGAUUGAGAAGCUGAACCUGGCCUCCUGUACUCAUCGCAUCUCCAUCCAGAGCAUGACGGAGCGGGGGCUCUCCGAUCCGCUGCGCUGCACACUGCUGGUGGGGAAAGAUGUGGUGGUGGCACCCUAUUACCUUCGUGUUGAGAACAUCACACAAGUAUCGGCUGACCUCACCUGGAUGCCGAGCAACAGUAACUACAGCCACAUGAUCUUCCUGAAUGAUGUGGAGUAUGAUGUAGUGAAGCCUGGAGGGUACAAAUACCACUUCUACAACCUGAAGCCAAUGACGGUGUAUAAGAUACGGGUGGUGGCCCGGCCCCAUCAGAUGCCCUGGCAGCUUCCCCUUGAGCAGAGGGAGAAGAAGGAGGUCUCAGUGGAGUUCUGCACACAGCCAGCCGCUUGCCAUGCGUUUUUGCAAAAACGUGAAGUUGAUACUUCAAGAUUGAAUUGCUUCAAUGGUCCUCCUUUACCUCCUCAGGAUGUGCAAGUUCAGUUGGGACAGACACCUGGAGUCUUGCAAAUCCGGUGGAAGCCCCCUCCCCUAACUCCUACCGGCACUUCCAAUGGAGCCAGUGUAAUCGGCUACAUAGUCUGCACUAAAGGUCAAAAGAUAGCAGAGAUAAUGUACCCCACAGCAGAUUUUGUUACAGUAGAACUGAAUCGUAUCCAGUGUCUGGAAGCACGGGAGGUCGUAGUGAGGACAAUAUCAGCACAAGGAGAGUCGCAAGACUCUCCCGUUGCCGCCAUUCCGCACAGCCUCCUGGUGCCUCACCUCCAUGGACACCCUCACCCUCAGACUCACCCACCUCCCUACCCUCAAGCCUACCCCCCAACCCAUCCGCAACCGCACGUACAACCUCACACCGUCCCACCACCCCACCCUCACCCUCAUCCCCCACCCUCGCAUCCCCACCCCUCGCCCUCCCUGUAUAAACCCAAACUCCUACCAAGUGCCAGAGACCCCCAUGCCAAAGAGCCAGAGAUGAGCAGGCGACCGGGACAGUCCUGGGAGCCGCAUCCCCGAGUCCCGUCACCCCUACCACCCCCUUCGCACCCGGGGCACACGCUGGAGCCCCCUCACGUAGAGGGCCGGCGCUCGCCAUCCCCUCAGAGGAUCUUGCCUCAACCUCAGGGAGUGCCCAUUCCUAACACAGUGGCUCGUGCUAUGGCCCGCCAGGCAGCGCAGAGGAGCGCCCCAAACAGCAGGGUGGAGAGGAGGAACAUCUUCAGUGAGAAGGGUAACGCUUCACACUCAUUAAACUCAGAUGAGGAAGAGGACGGGUAUGAUUCCCCCCACGCCAGGCGAAGAGGAGCUUCUGUGGAUGAGUUUCUCAGAGGUUCUGAGUUGGGCAGACACCAUCAUCAAUACAGCCACAGUGAGGAGUACUACACUGAGAGCAGUCGGGGCUCCGAUCUGUCUGAUAUCAUGGAGGAGGAUGAGGAGGAGCUCUACUCGGAGAUGCAGCUGGAAGAAGGCCGCCGCCGCAGCAUCAACUCACACAACACGCUUAAGGCGUAUUACAGGCGUCAGGACCUAGCGGUGGAGCGAGACAGUUGGGACUUGCAGCGGGAGGUGGUACGACAGCGCUCCUUGCGCUCCCACAAGCGGCUCCACAGUAUCCCGGAAGUUGCCGAGGAGGAUCCGGACACUGGGGUGGAGGUCAUGGGUCAGCGGCUGCGUUUCGAGGAGGCUCGUCCGGGCACUCCAUGCAGGAGCCCGAGGCCAUACCACCAGGACUCGCGGCAAUCGAACCACCUCUCCCCAAGUAAGUGCAUCCGCAGGCUGCAGAGGCAGCGCUCCUCUCCACGCUACACCUCAAUAGAGGAGCGGCCGCAGUGCUGGAGCAGCAGCAGUAGCAGGCAGACCACUAAGAGUCCGGACAGUGGACUAGACUGCGGGAGCGAGGAGGAGGGUUCGCUUGGUUACCGUGGAGGCUACCACUCAUACACAGGGGGCAGCCCGCUGCGAGUGGGUUCUGGCCCCAACAUGCGGGUGAUUCACAGCGAAGGGCCAGUGGAGCGCCGUGCUCUGGCUGCCGGCAGGAAAAGGACACUGACCCGCCAGUGCAGUGUGGAGGAGGACUUCCUGGAUGCCAUUCCAGAGACAAGGAGCAUGCGGGAGUCGUACCACCAUUACCACUAUCAUCCGCACCAUCACCAUCCCCAACGCAGAUUCCGGAGCGAGGGCAGGCUGAGCGAGGUUGGCAGGACCUAUCACAGGGACAUUAGGGCCUACUCUGUGGCCAGACUCAACAGGGCAAUGGAUGAACCCCUGAUUUUAGGGAGCUCUCCCUCAACGGGACGCUCGGAUCGACUGGACCAUUCCGGCCGUAGGAUGAGUCAUGGCUGUCCACCCGCUCAGAGAAGGCCAAUGACAGUCCCUUCCAUUGAGAUCACCGUGGAGAAUAACAGUGAGGGGAGUGAGGGGAACCUCUCACCUAUCAAGGACGAUGUUUACUAUACCAAUGUAGCCCACCGCAGGAAAUGGCCCCCACAGCGAACUGAACACCGAUAUGAUGGUUAUGGAGGACGGGAACGGCGGUCUCCAGACUACUAUGAGGAGUCGGAGCCAGAGGACUCCCGAAUUUUUGUGGCCAUGUUUGACUAUGACCCCCUGUCAAUGUCUCCCAACCCUGAUGCUGCUGUAGAGGAACUUCCCUUCAAGGAGGGCCAGAUCAUAAAGGUGUUUGGAGAGAAGGACACAGAUGGAUUCUAUAGAGCAGAGGUCUGUGGCCGCAGGGGGCUCAUCCCCUGUAACAUGGUCUCCGAGAUCCAGACGGAUGAUGAUGAAAUGAUGGACCAGCUGCUCAAACAGGGGUUUCUUCCUCUCAACACGCCCAUUGAGAAAAUAGUGAACUGUAAUAGGUUCAAAGAUGGCCGUUCAAUUAAUCGCAGGUCCCGGAAAUCCAAGAGAGAGAGGAACAAAAGAAGUGGAAGGCAGCACCCGGUGUCGACGCGGAGGAUGGUGGCCCUAUAUGACUAUGAUCCCAGAGAGAGCUCUCCUAAUGUGGAUGUGGAGGCCCACUAUGGGGGCAGCUUGCAGAGUGAGGAGGCUGAACUGACGUUUUGUGCAGGUGAUGUGAUCACAGUGUUUGGAGAGAUCGAUGAGGAUGGCUUUUAUUAUGGGGAGCUCAAUGGACACAAGGGUCUGGUCCCCUCCAACUUUCUUGAAGAAGUGCCUGAUGACGUGGAGGUUUACCUCACCAACACCCCGAGCCGUCACCCCCAGGACCACCCGUCCCGGACAAAGAGCAAAAGGGUUCCCGUGGAAAAAGCGGGCCCUCCCAGAAGAAGUGCCACCCCCACAGUGCGCCCACACAUCCCGGGGUCCGGCCCCGCAGCCCAGGGGCCCGGCAGUCCCGUCCGGCGCCCCCGAGCUGACUCUAAGAAAAAAGGACUGCUCUCCAAAGGAAAGAAUCUAUUGAAAAGGCUUGGUGCUGUCAAAUAGUUUCACAUACAGUAACCCUUCCUUGCAGCAGCCGGGUUAAGGAAAAAAAAAAGUUGGAAUUAUUAGAGAAAGUGGGAGAAAGAAAAUAACACUUCUCCCAUCUUCUGGUUCUGUAAUCACAUAGAUUGGGCAUGGAAAAGAGAAAGGGAAAUGGUGGAAACUAGGGCUUUCAUGACCACGACUUCAGCUUUAUUCUAUUGAAACUGUAACUGCAAUUGAAAAGCCCUGUUUGCCCGUGUUUAAUUCUUAAAAGCACAGAAAUGCUCACUAACGUGAGUUACUAUGAUGUCUCGUCUUAAAUAUACAGUACAAGGUAUAAUAAAAUAUGAUCUAUGUUUAUUAAAUUAGAAUAAUAUUUUAUUUUAUUAAUUUUAAGGGAUAUUUAAUUAUUUUAUUAUUGUUAUUAUUAAUAAUUAUAUAAUAACAUUAUUAGUAUUAUUAUUAAAUAAAAAUAUAAAUAUGCCUUAAAUGUAAUAAAAUUAAACAUUCAUUUAAUAUAACAAAUAUUUAUUAUUAUAAAACUAUUUCAGCACAUUUCAGAUCAUCUAGACCUCCUUUUCUAUGAGAAAGAUAACCUAGCACAAUUUUUUUUAGGAGUUAGCACAAAUAUGAAAUGUGGGAUUUGCAGUGACUAAACACUGCUUUUAUUAGUACAAAUACCAUAAGGGAGCGAAAAAAAUGUUCUGCCACUUUUGACUGGAUUGUUUUAGCACUAAAAGGUCAUGAAACUCCUAGUGGAGCCUUGUCAUAUUUGCCUUAUUCAAUGCACAAUGGUUUGUGUUGUGUCCAGUCAGUUGGGUGAGAUUCGUCUGUCUGUGUCAUGUGCGGUCAUGUAGAUGUUUUCCUUCUCAUGAAAAAAGCAGUGUAUUUCAAAUCUGUGUGACCAAGUGUUGUGUUGUUUUUUGCAAUGCGUGUCAAAAGUAAGGAGGAAGGGACUCUAACCUUGUUCAAACACUUUGGAAAGAACAAAUGUCUGUUUAAAUGGUUCAUAAAUCCAUUCGCGUGUAAAUUGUGUGACUGAAUGCAACAAUUUACUUAAGAAUGUUUUUAUAUACGAUUUACACAGAAGUUCUGUAUGUUUUCACAAACAAGGCCCUUAAUUUAUGCUUAUUUAGCACAACUUAUUCAUAAUUUUACAUAAAUCACUUUGGUUUUGGGCUCACUGAUGCCUCUCCCAGCAUUCAAACCAUUUCAAAAAAAUGAUGCACAUAUUCUGUACUUGAUAAGGAUGAAGGAAAUGAGCAAUUGUGAAUGUAUGGCCAAGGAAAAUCAGUUUCCAAUAUGUGAUCCGUUUGAUCCAGUCUGUACUGUAUUUGUUCUCCAUACAUUAUUCAUCUUUUUUUUUUUUUUUGGUCAUUUCACCACUACAUUUUUCCCUGAACAAACAUGCUAAAGUAGGUUUGCAAGGAUUGACCGAGACUGCCAAAUAAAAAUAUAUAAUAAUAAUAAAAAAACAGGAAUGUAUGAGGAACAUUCUGUAUAUCUUGUACAAUUUACAGCCAAAUUCCAGGCAUUUUAAUUCAUCAGAAUAACUGUAUAUUUUUUUUUGCCGAGUCAUUAUCAUAAGAUAUGUUACAAAACAUCGCUUCUACAUGUUUGAGUGACUGCUGCUCUUUUUGUACUUUUGUCCAUUUGUACAUUCUUUUUAAAUGUUUAUACUUGCUUUUCAGACUGCCUUUUUUGUACAUUAAACUUUAUAAUCUGACAGUGCAAGCUAUCCUCAUGGUGUCUUCAAACCAUAAUGUUUUAAAGUCUGCAAUUGUGUGCUAGCUUUAUGAAAAAGAAUUAUAAGCCUAUAUUGAUGGUUAUCAAAUAUUGUGUGAGUGUGCAUGUGCAGUUUUAUAUAAAAAUAAAUUUGAUAUUUUAUACA